CAGGAAGCAGGGGUCAGAGCCCCUCAGGGAGGGAGGCAGCCCCUCCCGGGCCAGAACCCACUUCCUACUUCACCACACGGGGAGGUGGCGGGGAGAACUGUGGGCAGAGGCCGGGCCUGCUCCCUCCGCCCUGUGCCCUGCGCGGGAAGGUUGGCGACCUGGCCUGGGCUCUGGGUGCUCCCAGCAGGAUGGAGGACGAGGAAGGCGCUGAGUGCGGCAAAGCAGACUUUGUGCUUCUGGACCAGGUCACCAUGGAAGACUUCAUGGAGAACCUGAAGCUCAGGUUCCAGAAGGGCCGCAUCUACACCUACAUCGGCGAGGUGCUGGUGUCCGUCAACCCCUACCAGGAGCUGCCCCUCUACGGGCCCGAGGCCAUCGCCAGGUACCAGGGCCGCGAGCUGUACGAGCGGCCGCCCCACCUAUACGCUGUGGCCAACGCCGCCUACCGGGCGAUGAAGCGCAGGGCCAGGGACACCUGCAUCGUGAUCUCAGGGGAGAGCGGGGCGGGGAAGACAGAGGCCAGCAAACACAUCAUGCAGUACAUCGCGGCCGUCACCAACCCCAGCCAGAGGGCCGAGGUGGAGAGGGUCAAGGACGUGCUGCUCAAGUCCACCUGCGUGCUGGAGGCCUUCGGGAACGCCCGCACCAACCGCAACCACAACUCCAGCCGCUUCGGCAAGUACAUGGACAUCAACUUCGACUUCAAGGGCGACCCCGUCGGGGGGCACAUCCACAGCUACCUGCUGGAGAAGUCUCGGGUCCUCAAGCAGCACGUGGGUGAGAGGAACUUCCACGCCUUCUAUCAGGUGCUGCGUGGCUGUGAGGACGCAGAGCUGCAGGACCUGCACCUGCAGAGAAACCCCGCCCUGUACAGCUUCACCCGCCAGGGCGCGGGGCUCAGUGCCUCGGAGAGCGAGGAGAGGAGCCAGCACCGGGCGGUGAUGGAGGCCAUGCAGGUGAUCGGCUUCAGCGCUGAGGAGAUGGGGUCUGUGCGCCGGAUCCUGGCCGCCAUCCUGCACCUGGGAAAUAUCGAGUUUGUGGAGAUGGAGGAGGGGCCCCUGGCUGUGGCCGAGGAGGUGCUGGUGGACCACGUGGCCGAGCUGACGGCCACCCCCCGGGAGCAGGUGCUGCGCUGCCUGCUGUCCCGCACCGUGGCCUCGGGGGGCAGGGAAGUCAUCGAGAAGGGCCACACCGCGGCCGAGGCCAGCUACGCUCGGGACGCCGGCGCCAAGGCAGUGUACCAGCGGCUGUUUGAGUGGGUGGUGAACCGGAUCAACAGCGUCAUGGAGCCCCGGGGCAGGGACGCCCGGAGGGACGGCAAGGACACGGUCAUUGGCGUGUUGGACAUCUACGGCUUCGAAGUGUUCCCUGUCAACAGCUUCGAGCAGUUCUGCAUCAACUACUGCAAUGAGAAGCUGCAGCAGCUGUUCAUCCAGCUCAUCCUGAAGCAGGAGCAGGAGGAGUACGAGCGCGAGGGCAUCGCCUGGCAGACCGUGGAGUUCUUCAACAACGCCGCCAUCGUGGACCUGGUGGAGCGGCCGCACCGCGGCGUCCUGGCCGUGCUGGACGAGGCCUGCUGCAGCGCGGGCACCAUCACCGACCGCAUCUUCCUGCAGAGCCUGGACGCGCACCACCGCCACCACCCGCACUACACCAGCCGCCAGCUCUGCCCCACGGACAAGACCAUGGAGUUCGGUCGGGACUUCCGGAUCAAGCACUACGCGGGGGAUGUCACGUACUCCGUGCUGGGCUUCAUCGACAAGAACAGAGACGCCCUCUUCCAGGACUUCAAGCGGCUGCUGUACAACAGCUCGGACCCCACGCUGCGGGCCAUGUGGCCGGACGGGCAGCAGGACAUCACGGAGGUGACCAAGCGCCCGCUGACGGCCGGCACGCUCUUCAAGAACUCCAUGGUGGCGCUGGUGGACAACCUGGCCUCCAAGGAGCCCUUCUACGUGCGCUGCAUCAAGCCCAACCAGGACAAGGCGGCCGCGCGGCUGGACGAGGCGCACUGCCGCCACCAGGUCGCCUACCUGGGGCUCCUGGAGAACGUGCGGGUCCGCAGGGCCGGCUUCGCCUCCCGGCAGCCGUACCCGCGCUUCCUGCUCAGGUACAAGAUGACCUGCGAGUACACGUGGCCCAACCACCUGCUGGGCUCGGACCGCGAGGCCGUGGGCGCCCUCCUGGAGCAGCACGGGCUGCAGGGGGACGUGGCCUUCGGGCGCAGCAAGCUCUUCAUCCGCUCGCCGCGGACGCUGGUGACUCUGGAGCAGAGCCGCGCGCGCCUGGUGCCCAUCAUCGUGCUGCUGCUGCAGAAGGCCUGGAGGGGCACCCUGGCGCGGUGGCGCUGCCGCCGCCUGCGCGCCGCCUACACCAUCAUGCGCUGCUACCGGAGGCACAAGGUGCGCGCUCACCUGGCGGAGCUGCACCGGCGGUUCCAGGCCGCGCGGCAGCCCCCGCUCUUCGGCCGCGACCUGGCCUGGCCGCCGCCCCCGGCCGUGCUGCAGCCCUUCCAGGACGCCUGCCGCGCGCUCUUCUGCAGGUGGCGGGCACGGCAGCUGGUCAAGAACAUCCCCCCCUCGGACAUGGCCCAGAUCAAAGCCAAGGUGGCCGCCAUGGGGGCCCUGCAGGAGCUGCGGCCGGACUGGGGCUGCCGGCGGGCCUGGCUGCGAGACUACCUGUCCUCUGCCGCCGACAACCCUGCCGCCUCCAGCCUGUUCGCUCAGCGCCUGAAGUCGCUUCGGGACAAGGACGGCUUCGGGGCGGUGCUCUUCUCCAGCCACGUCCGCAAGGUGAACCGCUUCAACAAGAGGCGGGACCGCGCCCUGCUGCUCACCGACCGGCACCUGUACAAGCUGGAGCCCGGCCGGCAGUACCGGGUGAUGCGGGCCGUGCCCCUGGACUUGGUGACGGGGCUGAGCGUGACCAGCGGGCGGGACCAGCUGGUGGUGCUGCACUUGAAGGGUCUGGACGACCUGGUGGUGUGUCUGCACCGCUCGAGGCCGCCGCUGGACAACCGCGUGGGGGAGCUGGUGGGCGUGCUGGCCGGACACUGCCAGGGGGAGGGCCGCCCACUGGAGGUCCGCGUGUCUGACUGCAUCCCCCUGAGCCAGCGCGGCGCCCGGCGCCUGGUGUCCGUGGAGCCCCGGCCAGAGCAGCCCGAGCCCGACUUCCGCUGCAGCCGCGGCUCCUUCACCCUCCUGUGGCCAAGCAGCUGAGCCGCCGCCUGUGCAGGGCCGGCCGGCCUCCCCAACACGACGGCCCCUCCGCCCCGCCCGCCCCCGAGCACGCCA